GACAGUUGGAUGCAGCUUUGCAAACCUCCUUUUCUGGAACUGCUUUCUGCCAAGCUUCCUUUGGUCACCUUGGCAGCAAGCAGGGACUGUUGCCGGGCAACGUGAGGAGCCCCAGCUCACACCAGUUGGGAUAGGCUUGCCGAAAUCUAGACGUCUCUUCCCCCUCCUUGCUCAUUGGCUGCUUGGACUGACGCUCACAGAAAGAUAGUUUAAUUUUUCCUACUGUGUAGCUUACAGCAAUCUGCGAAGUCUUAAAGGUUACAGGGAACAUACAAGGAUGCCCCCCACGAAGAAAGGAAAAGAGAAGAGAGCGGGGAAAAAGAAGCAGAAGUCUGUGCCCGAUGAGGAAAAAUACAGAAAGACGACGCUGGAGGUUGGCACUCUCAAGCAGCACCUUGUUCUCCGGAGGGAUAUGGCCAGGCAGGCGAUGGCUGACAGUGAGGGGCUCAAACAGAGACUGGCAGCUCUGGAGAAAGAACUGGAGGAAGCUCGAGGAGACAAAAAGGAUAUUUAUGAAGAGAUGAUCCGCCGGUACCAGCAACUUCAGCGCCAGACCGAUACCCGGAUACAGCGGUUAGAAGCAGAGAGGCAGAACUUGCAGGAACAACUUGCUGCCUGCCAGAAAGAUGUGCAGCAGAGCCAGGCAGACAAAGUGAAAACGCUGGAGGAGAAGGACAAGGCCAUUGCUGAGAUGCAGCGCAAGGUUGAUGAGAUGGAGACAGAGUAUGAAAAAAUCCUCCAUGGCAGUCUAGACCGUGUGCUCUCCAAACUUCAAACUGCCAAGUUCAGCUGGGAAAAGGAAGCUACUUCCGUCCAUCAGGAGUAUAAGGACCGGCUGAAGGAGUUUGGACUCAAUCCGCUGGAGAUCUGAAGGAGAGUUCAGGAAAGUGUACCACUACGUCCUGCUCAUCCUCAAUGCAGUUUAGUGUUGUGCUUAUACGCAGCCAGAGAUUAGCCCUAGAACUUGUGGCGUAAUAAAGUGUGUGUCACUGAA